UAUUGUGAUAUUCAAAUUUCAGAUGCCAGAUUUCCAGGUUACGGAAAAGUGGAGUUAAUAUUUUCUGAUGGCCCAGAAAUAAUUCAAGGAUCAGAGCACUGGCAGAAUGGUCCAGAUGUGACUGUCGACUAUAUGACCACAGACUCUCAUACCAGAACAUCUGCUCUGGAGAAGUCUCCAGAUCCAACCCUGGAGAAACCCUCCUUUAGGAGAGCAUCCAGCAGAGGUCCGAACCCCUCCAGAGCCCACCAGAGCACCUCUACAACCUCCAACCCUGACCACACCCUCUCAACCAGCAGUGACUCAGGCCUCUCCAGUGUUUCACUGCGGACUGACUGUUGGCCCUCACUGGGAGUCAAAGUAUCCCAACCUAGCCAGCAAGAGAAAGUUGAACUUAAGCACCUUUUGAACGGCUUUGGUCUGGAUGAGCCAAGCCGAGGUUGCACAUUGAUGGAGCCAACUUUAACCACUCAACAAAUGCUCCACGAUUCAGCCCAGGUGCACAUGAAUGGCAGUUGCCGACUAAAAGAACGUGAGACAGAUAUUCUAGAUGAUGAAGUCUUGAUCUCAUGCCAUGACCUGCAUCGUGUGAACAGUUUUGGCACUCUGUCUUCAUCCUAUCAUAAGAGCAGCCAGAACUCAUUGCUGUACGAUGGCUUUGGCAGUCCCAUUCGGAUAGAGGACACUUCUCAUCAUCACCCAGCGCCAAUGGAGGAGUACGAUCAGAAAGCUUGCUUUGCUCAAAGAAGCGUCACUUCUCCUUCACUGGGUGUGGCUCCAAGGCAUCUGUUCCAGCAUGGCUGCUACUCCACCCAAACAUGGGUUCGUCAACAGCAGCUUGUACAGCGUUUCCAAAAUAACAUGCAAGAAAUCCUGCCCAAAGCGGUUAGUGAUCAGAAUAAUUCUCCACCCACUCCUCAGAUGUCACAAAACCAAGAGAAUGACAAAAAACAUGGCAAGGCAUUCAGUUCACUAACGGUGGACAUCGACAACUCCAUUCAUCAGCUCAACCAGCUGAUUUUGGAUCUGGACCAAACAUUUGUGCCCAUUUCCACCAAAUCCAGCUCGUUCAAGAGGACUGGAGGUGCAGACAGUAACAGUAAUACUACCAGUUGUGAAAACAGCAGCAUGAGCCAAAGACGUGAUGUACAGAAUGACAAAAGCAGAGAGAGGACUCAUCACUUAGCAUACAUCACCAUGACAUCACAGCAAGUCGGACAGAUUUCUAACCGGCAUGCACCUGCCGCUGCUACUGAUCACCAGUUAUCGGUUCUGCACAGAACUGGCUCAUCUCAAACAAGUUUAAGACCAGCUGAACGACUGAACAAGAUGGAGGUGUGUUUAUCAGUAGGCUUGUUUGAGAUGCCAAAUCUCUCGCCUUCAGCAGUCUCUCCAGCUGAAAAGAGUUUGCUCUCCAGCAGAGAGUCCAGCAGUGUGACUGAGCACACAGGACGAUGUGGACGAUCAGCCUGGUCUCUGGAUCAGCAGACUACAGACAGACAGACAUAUAAUGCUCCAAUUCCUCAGACACAGCAGCAUGCAGCUCUAUACAGAACAGACAGUGUUGAGUACAGAUCUCACAGUGCAGAGACGGAUGGUGGAGUGGAUGCUGUCAGUGAUAUGAUGCCAUCAACACCGGCUUUCCCUAUCUCACCACCCACCCCAUACGUGAAGACCAUGAUGAACUUUUCACAGUACAGACAAAGUCCAUCUCCCAGCAUACCUUUAUUUGGAUCGUAUAGACCUGAGCAUGAAAUGCGAGCUGAAGAAGAUAUUAUGGGACGCACGCCUUUGCCUUCAGAUGAAGGUUUACAACAGCCCACCCACUACCACAGCUCUGCUACCAUUGGCGGAUUAAUGUCCUUCUUUGAAAGUUCAUCAUCGAAGCCACAAGUGGUUCAUCAGUCAUCGCUUUCUGCUCAUCCCUUUGACUCAAUGAACUUCACACACAGUUCUGUCCCAUCACAUCACCCCAUUCCGGCCCCCAAUGCCCACAGUCCUCCGCUCAGCACCCAGAGAGCCAAAGAAUUCCAGAAUGCCCUGGGCCACAGCGCCCUGCAGAACUUUGAGGAGCAGUACAGUUUCAAUCAACCAGUGGAAGGACAGAACUACCACCAGCAGUACCCCCCUCUACAAGAUAAGAGAACGCCAUCAGACGGAGAAAACUCCCAGGGUUCGGUUCCUAGUGGCUUCUCAAGUCCCCUUAGUGGGAGUUCAUUGAGUAUUCCCUUUCCCAACAUGCUGCCGGAAUUGCAAGCAAAAGGAAACAAUAUCAGCUCCUUGCCUCUUCCAGAUGUGCUUUCAAGCAAGCAGUUGAUGGUCAAGUUUGUCCAAGAUACCUCAAAAUACUGGUACAAACCAGAUAUCGCAAGAGACCAAGCUAUUGCAGUGCUAAAGGACAAGAAGCCUGGCUCAUUUAUUGUUCGAGACAGUCACUCUUUUAGAGGCGCAUAUGGAUUGGCCAUGAAAGUCACCACACCCCCUCCAUCUGCCCUGCAGAAAAGCAAGAAAGUCUCAGGAGAUCUGUCCUAUGAGCUUGUACGUCACUUCCUCAUUGAGUGUACACAAAAAGGGGUUCGACUCAAGGGAUGCCCUAAUGAGCCGUGCUUUGGAAGUCUCACUGCUCUGGUCUUUCAACACUCCAUCACUCCUUUGGCUCUUCCUUGUAAACUCAUCAUACCUAACAGAGAUCCACUAGAGGACGCUGUUAGUGCAUCUUCACAGUCCAUCACCAAUUCUGCAGCUGAACUCUUGAAACAAGGAGCAGCGUGUAACGUGUGGUUUCUGGGUUUGGUGGAGAUGGAGUCAUUGACUGGCUGUCAAGCAGUACAGAAAGCCACCAAUGAGAUUCUGAGCACAGACCCGCUGCCUUCAUCAACUGUCCUGCAUUUCAAAGUUUCCUCACAAGGCAUCACACUCACAGACAACCAGAGAAAACUGUUCUUCAGAAGACACUAUGCUGUCAACACAGUCAUAUUCUGUGCUCUGGACCCUCAGGACAGAAAAUGGAAAAGAGAUGGUUGCACCCCAGCAAAGAUCUUUGGCUUUGUGGCACGUAAAGAAGGCAGUGCCAUGGAGAAUGUGUGCCACCUGUUUGCUGAACACAACCCUGAGCAGCCUGCCAGCGCCAUCGUCAACUUUGUCUCCAAAGUGAUGAUUGGCUCACAGAAGAUCUGAUAUCGUCAAGAUGAUACCGCCUGUAGACCAGUGCAGAACUAAUAUUGCUCGAGGUUGAUGUAAUUUGUCAACACUAAAGCAUUACCAUGACAACUACCUUCAGACUGUUUCAAUAGAGCCCAAACAUGAGGGAUGAACUCUGUUUUGUUUUUAGAAUUUAGAAUGUUUAAUAAAAAAAAUUUUGCUAGCAGAUAUCCAUUUAAUUUACCAUAUUUUGUUUCUCACAGAAAUGAACAUUUUAUAUUAUAUAUUUUAUAUCUUAUUCAUGUAAAAGGUCUAUAUAAUGUCUUUAGUGUAUCUAUUCAAUACUUGUUUACUUAAUGCUGUUCAAUACUUUGAAAGAACCAGUUCUUGCUAAUUGUUUUAUCUGUUUAUCCACAUUUGUUUGUGUAUUUGAUUAGUGAGUAACCUGAACUGGUCACAGUUGCUCUGAACAUUCCAACUUAAAAAUACAUAUUUAUUAAUAUUAUUUUGUAAACUAUGAUGCAUUCCACUGACUGGCACCACAUGAUUUAAAGAUUUGUCUGCUAAUGCACACUACAGUAUUUAAUCAAAAUGCUAAAAAAUAUGCGAUUAGAAUGAUAAAGCGAUAAAUAUUUAAGUAUUUAUAAAUAUAGAUCAAUAUUUAUCCAUCGUGACUUCACAGUGCAUUCAAGCCAUUUUUAACAUUUUAUCAGUUUGUGUGUGUUCCCUGGAAACACAUAGCACCACAGAGACACCUUGUUUACAGUUUAAGACAAUUAAACAAUAAAUGGCUUACUUUAUUUUCUAUGAAUAUUAAGCUGGGUAUGAUGUAUUUUAACAGAAAAAGUUACAUACUUACACAGUAAGUCACGAGAGGGUGUGCAUUACUGUGAUUUUACCAUGGGUAAGGGGCGUUCAUUGCGUCGUUCCUAAAACCACCUUCCUUGUGGUAAAAUCCCUCUAAUGCGAGUGGCUUGUUGCUUUUAUAAAAUGGUGGUGGUAUCAGCAAUUAAAUACACCAGUGUUCAUUAAAUAAUUCAGUUUCUGUAAAACAACA